AUAAUUAUAAUGCAAAAGCUGUUCAAACGGAAUGACAAUGGAAUGUAAUAUGCUUUGUAAGCUCUUUCUUCUCAUCUCGAUCGUAGUGUUCGCUUCGGCCAAAGACUACCGAAAACCCUAUAUAAUCUAUAUGGACGAAUCGGCAUUGCCCGCUUCGUUCUCGCGUCACCAUGACUGGUACACGUCGCUUCUGUCGUCCCUGUCGUCGUCCCCCGACGAAAUUGAUCCGACCCAUCUCUACACAUACAACCAUGCCUUGAAUGGAUUCAGUGCAGUGUUGUCACAGUCCCAAUUGGAGAAGCUGGAGCAGGUUCCUGGUCAUGUUGCGUCAUAUCCGGACACAUUCGGAAACGCUCACACAACAUAUACUCCUAAGUUCCUUGGCCUGAACAGACAGACAGGCCUCUGGCCAAGAGCCGAAUUCGGCGACGGCGUGAUCGUCGGUGUCGUAGACUCCGGGAUAUGGCCCGAGAGCGAGAGCUUCAAGGACAAGGGCAUGUCCCCCGUGCCGAAGAGAUGGCGAGGCACUUGCGAGUCCGGGGUGGACUUCAACGCGUCCAACUGCAACCGGAAGCUCAUUGGAGCCCGAUCGUUCAGCAAAGGAAUGAAGCAGCAAGGCUUGAACAUAUCGACGACCGAUGACUACGAUUCCCCGAGGGAUUCUGACGGGCAUGGGACCCACACGUCGUCCACAGCGGCCGGAAGCCCCGUGAUGGAUGCUAGCUACUUCGGCUAUGCCAAGGGCACGGCAACAGGUAUGGCACCCGCUGCUAGGCUCGCGAUGUACAAGGUGUUAUUCCUGACCGACACGUACGACUCGGCUGCGACGGACACCCUAGCAGGCAUGGACCAAGCCAUAGCGGACGGCGUCGAUAUAUUGUCUCUAUCGCUUGGAUUUGACGAGACAUCGUUCGACCUUAAUCCAAUCGCUGUGGGAGCUUUCGCAGCAAUGAGAGGAAUCUUCGUUGCUUGUUCAGCAGGUAACGACGGCCCUCGAGGAUACACGAUGCGAAAUGGAGCUCCGUGGCUAACGACUGUCGGCGCUGGAACCGUAUCAAGGGACUUUGCGGCCAAUAUAGUCCUCGGCAACGGAACCUUAACUGUUAGAGGAAAAUCCAUCUUCCCAGAAGAUCUGCUUAUCUCAAGAGUUCCUCUAUACUUUGGCCGCGGCAACAGAAAAGAAAUCUGCAACGGUUACUCUCUUGACCCGAAGGAUGUCGCUGGGAAGAUAGUUUUCUGCGACUUUGUUAGUGAAGACUACGAAGUCAAUACCCACGAAAUCACCCAAGCCGGAGCUGCAGGUGCCAUCUUCAGUAUUGGACCCGGGGCUUUACGCAUACCCGAAAACUUCACUAUCCCGUUCGUGGCCGUCGUACCGGAAGAUGGAGAUAGAAUCAAGGACUACUUGCUGAAGUCAGAGAAUCCGACAGUCAGCAUCAAGUUCUUGAUAACCAUCGGGACCAAACCAGCUCCUCAGGUAGCAUCGUUUUCGUCUCGAGGACCGUACCGUCAGGCCCCGUGGAUCUUGAAGCCGGAUAUGUUAGCUCCUGGAUACAAUAUUUUGGCAGCAUGGGCGCCGAACCGAGAAAUAGCACAGAUAGGUCAGAGCUACUUGCUUGGUGACUACAAGCUCGAAUCGGGAACUUCCAUGUCGGCUCCUCAUGUGGCUGGAGUCGCUGCGCUGCUAAAAUCAGCCCAUCCAGAUUGGAGCCCCGCUGCUAUCCGAUCGGCAAUGAUGACCACGGCUUACAUUCUCGAUAACACCAAUGAGCCCAUCAUCGACAUGACCACUCAAGCUUCAGGGACGCCUCUUGAUUUCGGAGCAGGACAUAUAGAUCCGGAAAAGGCUUCAGAUCCCGGUCUGAUCUACGACAUCGAACCCGAGGAUUACGUCAAUUUCCUCUGCGGAAUGAACUAUUCCGCCAAUCAGAUAAAGAUCAUAAGCGGGAGAUCGAACUUCUCUUGCGCGUCCGCGACUCUUGACAUCAACUACCCUUCAUUCACGGUCAUCCUCAACAAAACCAACACCACGAGCGUCACUUUCAAAAGAGUCCUAACCAACGUGGCCGACGGGCCUGCAAGUUACCAGGCCACAGUGACAACUCCGUCGAGCAUGAAGGCCACAGCAAAACCCUCGGAGCUGUGGUUCACUAGCAAGUACGACAGAGCCGAGUUCAACUUGACGGUAGAGAUCUCUCUGGAAGGGUCGACUCCACGGCGCAAUUACAUAGGUAACUACGGGUACAUCAGUUGGAAGGAGAUCAAUGGAACCCGCGUUGUGAGAAGUCCCAUCGUCUCAGCUUACGCUCUCUAGAGAAGACAAGUUUUUUUCAGCACGUUCUGGUGUUCCUUAUUCAGUUUAUCGAACAUACAGAAGCUCCCAAUAAAACUCUGCGUUUGUCUAUGCAUAAUAUGUUGUGCAAUAUCUCUUGGCUGCUU